AUGCGACUCACAAGUUCAGUUUGGUGUAAUACUGGAUUCUUCAGAAGAUUUGCAGCGGAUUUUAAACUUGUCCGUGGCCUGGCGAACCAGCCCCAGCAUUUUAAGAAAAUGCCCAUUGAUUACCCACCGGUCACUGGAUCCAGCCACUGGAGACGGAAAGUGCGCACAUGUUUCAACUGCUUAGAUUCAAAUUCUGACGGCUGUAUUACAAGAGAAGACUGGGUGGCAACCGCUAACAGGACUGUCCAGUUUUUAAGCCUUGAUGAAAAGCAAGCUGACGUCAUACUUAAGCAACGCCUGGGCAUCUGGGAACGUUAUGUGCAAAGUUUAAGGGAUGACAUUUCUGCCAAGAUGAUAGAGGACGAAUACGUAAAGGAAAGUUUGUCGAUGGUUAACCAACUUAGCUAUCGACGUGAACUACUUCCCAGCAUCAUCACCGUGGAAUUCAAUGCCAUGGAUGUUGAUGGCGAUGGUCGUAUAUCUAAGGAAGAGCAUGCUGCUUUUUUCUACAGCAUACGUGCCCCAGUUGAUGCUUCGAAGAGAGUCUUCAAUGUGAUGGAUAGCAAUAAGGCUGGGUUUAUAUCCAUGGAAGAAUUUGCAGAAGGGUAUAUGGAGUAUUGGCUAACGGAAGAUCCAAAUAAUAAAUACAAUAUGUUCUUUGGCCCCCUUGUCAAAAUGUAA